AUGAAGAUCUUUGUGUGGCUGGUGUGGAUUAGCGCACUGCUAAAAGGGGUGGUUGGGGCUCACGGGCGCUAUGCGCAGAAGCUGCUCAACGAUCUGAUGGAGAACUACAGCUCAGCCUUGCGGCCUGUGGACGACACGGACAAGGCCCUCAAUGUCACGCUACAGAUCACACUCUCCCAGAUCAAAGAUAUGGACGAGCGGAACCAGGUGCUGACCACGUACCUGUGGGUGCGUCAGGUCUGGCAUGAUGCUUAUCUGCGGUGGGACAAAGAGGAGUAUGACGGUCUGGAGGUCAUCAGGAUCCCAUCAGAACUCGUCUGGAGGCCAGACAUUGUACUUUACAACAAUGCUGAUGAGGAGAAUAAGGAUGGGCCUCCUGAAACAAAUGUAGUCUUGCGCUACGAUGGCGAGAUUACCUGGGACUCCCCUGCCAUCACCAAAAGCUCCUGUAAGGUGGACGUUGCCUACUUCCCUUUUGACAGCCAACAAUGCAACCUCACCUUUGGCUCCUGGACAUACAAUGGAAAUCAGGUUGACAUCAACCUGGACAAGGACAAGCAGUCCGGCGAUCUGUCCGACUUUGUGGAGAACGUGGAGUGGGAGUGCCACGGCAUGCCGGCCAAGAAGAGCGUCAUCAUGUACGGCUGCUGCUCGGACCCGUACCCGGACAUCACUUACACGGUGCUGCUCAAGCGCCGCUCCUCCUUCUACAUCUUUAACCUGCUGCUGCCCUGCUUCCUCAUCUCCUUCCUGGCGCCGCUGGGCUUCUACCUGCCCGCCGACUCCGGGGAGAAGGUCUCGCUCGGGGUCACUGUGCUGCUGGCCCUCACCGUCUUCCAGCUCAUGGUGGCUGAGAGCAUGCCUCCCUCAGAGAGCGUGCCUCUGAUCGGGAAGUACUAUAUAGCAACAAUGACCAUGAUCACAGCGUCCACGUCACUGACCAUCUUUAUUAUGAACAUUCAUUUUUGUGGGGCGGAGGCAAAGCCCGUUCCUCACUGGGCAAAAGUGCUCAUCAUUGACUACAUGGCUAAGCUGUGUUUUGUGUAUGAGGUGGGCGAGAACUGUACCUCACCCGAGGACUCCAGCACCCACCUCUACACCGAUGAGUCUAUGAGAGGUGGCUAUCAGGAUGAUGCUUACUAUGGCAACCACUACCUUGACAAUGGUCACUAUGGAAACAGCCACUACAAUCAACACCAUGACAAUGGAAACUACCACCAUCACAAUCAUCACAACAACCUUAGCGACAGCAGAUGCCUGGCCCGUGUCCAGAGGAAUGGACCACAGAGGGGUGGGGACAGGAGGGGAAGGGAGCCACCCAUGCCACAUAUCAUGCGAGACUCCAAUGUUCACAUCCCCGCUUAUGACCCUCUAGAGGAGAAACUGAAGGCCAGCGACCUGUCCAUCCCUGAGAAACUCCACGCGUAUGGCUACAACCCAGGCAAUGACUUUAGCCAUGACAGUGCUUGCAGAAGUAGCAACAAUUAUCACAACGGAGGCCCAGUGCGCGGGAGCUGCUCUUGUGGAAUGCCGCAGAAGGUUGUGCGGAACAUUGAGUACAUAGCCAACUGUUUCUGGGAGCAAAGGUCACACCAGGCUAAGGGAGCAGAGUGGAAGAAGGUCGCUAAGGUGAUGGACCGUUUUUUUAUGUGGAUCUUUUUCAUCAUGGUCUUCCUUAUGAGCAUCCUUGUCAUUGGCCAAGCAGCUUGACCUAAGUGGGACAUGUAGGUUGCUUUCUUAGACUGUGCAUCCAAGAGUCCUCAUAGCUCAUGUUUGCAACUCAAACAAGCGACCAGGCAGAGGCUCUUAACUGGGUUCCUGAGUUCAGUAAAGCAGC